UUCAAAUUUUGUAUAGUGGAUUUAGAAAAAUAAAUAUUACUGAAAUAAAAAUGUGUGAAGGAAUCUAUUGUGGGAACUGUUUCUUUAAGGAAGGUUCCCUAGAUGGUUACUGAAAUCAAGUGCUAAAAAGAGUCGAUCAAGAAGACAAGUUAUACACUGGUACAAUAAGAUUCCACUGGAUGUGAAAAAUUAAUGCUAAUUUACAGCACUGCCGAAUUAAUUUUCGCUUCUUUCCGCUAUGUAAAUUUGAUAGAAUUAGUCGGAAUAACCAAGCUUAUWCUUGAUCAAUGCAUGUAAAACAUUACCACCGAGAACGUGGAUAUGAUCUUAGAUCACGUGUUCUUUAUGCCGACCACAAGUUGCUAUGCCAGAAUCAUCGGCUAAUGAUUUGUAAAAAUAAAAUUAGCAAAAUGCCUUAAGCGUUUAAUUGAAUGAUCAAUAGCCCAAAAUUUUUGCACACAAAAUGAAUCGUUCUGACUCGAUUAGGCGCGAUCGCUCCUUCGACAGCGUUCUUAACAAGUUGAUGCGUAUGCGUUCGCAGAAUCAUGAAACCUUCAAAGCAGCCAUGUACAAUUUUUUAAUAGCCGCUGGCAUUGCAGCAUUUGUUGCCGUCUGCUUUAUACUGGGUCCUUUUGUACGUCCUUUACUCUGGGCUUUCCUGAUGGGAGCAGUGCUCUUUCCUUUCAAGAGACGCUUAGCGCAAUUGCUGAAUGGUUGGUUUGAGCGCUUGGAGGAACGCGAUUCUAAUGUAUUGGUCUCAAUAUGUUUGGCGCCGCUUGAAGCUACCGAACAUUGUGGCAGUUUAGUGGUGAGUUGGCUGCACGAACACUGGCAAUUGUUGACAGCAGGCGUAGGCGUAGCUGCAUGUAUMAAAUUAUUGGUGUUAUAUGCACCCAAAGGGUUUCUCUGUGCCGUUUUGCGCUUUGUAGUUUUCUCGCAUAGUACCUUCGUGCAGUUAAUUGGUUUUCUUAAUAUCUACCUGUUAAUUGCAAUAAUUGUUGUAUACUUGACAUCGGUAUAUUUCUUUUGGAAAUCAGAAAAUAGCACCAAGUUCGUCAUGGCUGGCCAGUCGCUUUGGGUGGCUAUAGUUAGUUAUGGUUGCAGCUUUUUAGGCGCACUACAAGUACCUGCCUUUAUUUUGAUAAUGUUGUAUGUAGGUAUAUCAAUUAUAUACCAUAUGCGCACUGCAGAAGGUUCUAGCAGUUGUAUAGAAAAAUUAAAAAAGUUGCUAGACAAAAAUGACUUUGAAAAGUCGGUAAGCAACAUCAGUGUGAAGAAGCAAAGUUUGCAUUCCGACGYCGAAGAUGUCUCCUUGAGCGAAACAUUGGAUUCACUAGACAAUACGGAGUUGUUAGAUGAAAAUGAAGUGCCACACCUAAGUGGCAUCUACUUUAAAUGUUUAUUCUACGCAUGCAUAGCAACAUUUUUGUAUCGCAAUGUUUGGAUGUUCAUAUUGGCCGCCAUACCCAUAUCGCUGCAUCUGUUAUACACAUUGGGGAAUGUGACAGGCUUUACGGCAUUCAUAUCAAAUAAAAUCAAUGAAGCCUAUGAAAACUUAAAGAGUUGGGCUAUUGAACAUCAUUCUGCCGUACUGCCGCUCUGUUUGCCUGGUGUACUCGAAUUGAAUUACAAAAUAAACGCCAUAAUACGCGAUUCAUUAAAGUCCUCCGUCGACUUGGUCACWUCCAUACUGAUGAUAAUACUCAUGCUGUUAAUUAUCGUCUUUCUUGGCGUAUUUUUCUGUGUCAAUAUCUAUUCGGAAACCAUUGAGGUAGCUUACUUGGSCAAAGAUCUGAUAAACAAAACAAUUACUGAUCGUCCGGAAUUGAUCGAUAUAUUACCUGAGAAUAUACAGUCAUCGAUUGAUGAUGCCUUGGAUAAYGCGCAUCAUUAUGGGCGUCGGAAAAUCGAAACGUACAUCGAUGAUUGGCUAGCCGAAGCCGAUUCCGUACAUGCCACUAAGCUGAAGGAACAAAUUUUAGAUGUCUGGGAUCGUUUAAUACAGUACUGGAUUGAUGUUAAUAAAUCUGAUUCCGCAUAUGGACCACGUGUGCCAACAGAUGCGCUCAAAACUACGUUCGGUGAAAUUGUUGAUAAUCCUGGACAUUUUAAAGAGCUAGUUUUAGUGGCAAAACAGGGCAUUAUCGGCUGGGCGAAGAGCAACACACAAACCAUACUGGAAGUGGCCGAAUCUCUGUGGCACAUCAUACGCACGAAUCUCUCGAUGAUCAUGAGCUUUACGGGUGAUAUUUUAUCUUUACUACUGUCUGGCGGUCAGGCGUGUGUGGAGUUUAUACUUGAUAUGAUUGUCUUCUUUACCGCGCUAUUCUAUUUGCUAUCGAGCAGUAAUACGAAAUAUGCGCCACUACARGUUACCAAAUAUUUGGGCUUCUCAACGUCUGGCUCUAAAAUUGCCGAUGCUUUGGAGAAUUCCAUUUCAGGCGUAYUAAUUUCCAUGUUUAAGUGUUCCAUUUUCACCGGUCUCUUCACAUGGCUGGUGCAUACAGUGUUUGGCGCGCGCAUUGUCUUCCUGCCAUCRGCGUUGGCGGCCAUUUUGUCGGCUGCACCAUUUUUGGGCAGCUAUUGGUGUUCGCUGCCUGCRUUGUUGGAGUUGUGGUUAGCACAAGAUCGCUUCUACGCCGGACUAGUGCUCUUCCUACUACAAUUCUUCGUGCCACCCUAUUUCGAGGCCGCCAUCUAUGCGGAGAUGAAGGGCGGUGGACACCCAUAUUUGACUGGUUUGGCUAUCGCCGGUGGCAUGUAUUGGAUUGGYUGGCAGGGUGCAAUCUUCGGCCCGUUAAUGCUCUGCUUCUUCAUAGGCAUAUUUGAAGUGGCUGCAGUAGCCAUGCGUGCCAACGAAGAUGCAAGGCGCAGCUCCGAUGAGGACACCCGCGCGACCAGCAUCAGUUGCAAUGGUGAGGUCUGUCACACUGGCCCACCAACAGUUGCGAAAGUUGAGAUGUCCGAUCUAAAGAGCCAGGCGGAAGCUACAUUGCCGGCACCCACGUUGCCAGUGGCAAUAGAAAGCAAGGAGAGCGCUGAAAACAUUAAACUAAUCAACRRYUCACCAGSGGAGCAAGAGGAGAGUAAAGAACUGAGCACUGUAAAACCCCAAGCCAUCGAACUUAAAAUAAUAACGAAAACUUUAAUGCCAGUUGCUGAAGCGAUUUAAUAAU